CUUUUAUCUUUAUUAUCACUGACGACUUUUUAAUCAUUGACAGAGCGAUCAAACACAUAUCUGUACCACCAGCAACAGUAAAAGUACAAAAUUCAGCAGAAUUAGAACCAUUUAUGAAAGAAUCUGAUUUCAUAAGAAAAUAUCUAGAAUAUGAAGCACCAGAUUCUGAUUUUAUUUGUUUAGAAAAUAAUGUUCGAAUUUGGUAA